CUAAAAUCAAGUUUUCCAUGCUUUCCUGGUCGAGUGACAGAAUGACAAAAAUGUUUGCUUUUGUUGCAUUCAUCCAACUUGCAAUAGUUACGAGUCUGAGAAAAAACAAACCGGUCAGUAUCACAUUGAAUGCAGGGAAAGAAAUACCAAUUAGUGGCUUUUUGAUAGGCAAUUCGGAAUCAUACUUGUUUAAAAAGGAGAUGGAUUAUCAAUUGAAUAAAAUGAAGACAGUUUCAAAGGAUAACAGUGACAGCAUUUCUGCGAUAAAAUCCAGUUUAACAGACAUCACUAAGGUUGUUAAUGGUUUGCUUAAAGCAGCUGUCAAACAGCCUAAUUAUGGUUACAUUGGAUGUUAUAAGGAUGAUAAUAAUAGACAUCUAAAACACAAACAAUCAAACAUCGGAAAUUCUAUAACCCUGGCUAAAUGUCGUGAACUUUGCAAAGGAUAUAAGUACACAGGCUUACAGUAUAGGAUACAAUGUUCUUGUGGAAAUGUUUUAAAAACCAAAUGUAUCCAAGAGUACAAGAAUCAGAUUGUAACAUGAACUGCGCUGGAGAGUUGACUCGAAAAUGUGGUGGUCCUAUGAGGAACUCAAUAUAUUUAGUCAAACCCUAAGGGAAAAAAAACGCAAAAAAGGCAAAG